UUCCGAAAGGAAAAUAGUUGCUGUAAAACGAAAAAAAUGUCGUCUGUGUUAGAUAAGUUGUGGAGCGAGCAGUUCCGUGAGGCAGCAACCUCGGUGUACACCAUCAUAGCCGCUGCUGUGGUGCUGGCGUAUUUGGUCUUCAAGCAGACGCGCACCAAUAGGGACACCUACGACGAGCAGGACUACAGGGAUGCGGGCCACACCAUACAGAUGGAACCGUUGAGUGGACUCGUUCUGACUAAGAAGCUGCUUGAAGAAUUCAAUUGCACCAACAAGGGUCGCCGAUACCUGGUCGCUUUGCGGGACGUGGUCUACGAUGUGUCAAAUAUGUCCGAUGACUUUGGUCCCAAGGGAAGUUACGCCAAGUGGUCGGGCCAAGAGCUGACGGAACUGAUCAAAGCUGAAGCUAUUCUCAAAAACGAAAACAUUGAGAAGCAUAUGCAAAUAUGGACCCAGACGCUGGACGAAUUCUUCUUUGUCGCUGGGGAGCUCAUCGACUACGAAGACCCUGAUAAGAAAGCUAAACAAGAAGCCAAUCAAUAUACCGUGGAAGAUAUAACAGACGAUGAAGACGAUUUUCCGGCUCGUGGUGAUAGUCGUAAUACUGGGUCGUCCUCGGACGAUAAUAAUAUGACUAUUAUUCCCAACAAUUAAACCCAGCAUUAUACCCCAAUCACACGAAAUCACACGCCCACUCAGUCGCCCUUCAAUCAGACACCAAAAUCCAGACCAAAACUGGCACUUAACCUAUCAUAAGCCCCCAAACAUGAACUUAAGCCCUCUGCUAUAAUAUUGUAAUACAAACACUGGCACAAAUAAAUAUACAUACAUAUUGGCAGCCCA